UGCAAGGAUCUCACAUCCAAGAAAUUAAUUGCAUACCAUGGUUGACCUCUCGAUAACUGCCCGGCCGGUGUCCAGAACAAGAGACACCUGGUUUAGACAUCGGCGUGGGUAGCGUUGGCGUGCCAUGGAUUCCGCCAAGGCGAUCAAAGGCGCGCGAGAUGUGCCCGAGGCAGAGAAACGCCGGCCAACUGGUCUGGGGACUGUCACUGCCGUCUUCUUGCUCUCGUUACCGCUGCUCCUCCUGCUCUUCCUCUUCGGCGACCGAGCUGUCGCCUCCAUUGCCGGCGACUCCCUGGUUUGGCAGCGCGCGGAAGUGCAGAGGUCCGGCAAUGCGUCCUCGUCCCCAGAGAACGCUCACCACGACCUGCUUCUCGGCGGGCUCCUCUCGCCAGACUUCGACGCGGCGACGUGCCUCAGCCGGUACGAGGCGUCCAGGCGAUGGAAGCCGUCGCCGUUCCCGGUGUCCCCGUACCUGGUCCAGAAGCUGAGGCAGUACGAGUCCAACCAUCAGCGGUGCGGACCGGGCACCGCGAACUACCGCGAGGCCAUGGGCCAGCUCAUGUCCGGCCGCAACGGCGGCCGCGCCGAAUGCAGGUACGUGGUGUGGUUCCCGCUCCAGGGCCUGGGCAACCGGAUGCUCAGCGUCGUCUCCACCUUCCUCUACGCGCUGCUCACCGGCCGCGUGCUGCUCGUCCACGAGCCGCCCGAGAUGGAGGGGCUUUUCUGCGAGCCGUUCCCGGGGACCUCGUGGAUCCUGCCUCCAGGCUUCCCCUACACGGGCGGCUUCUGGGCCCGCUCAAACGACAGCUACCUGAGCAUGCUUGAGAACGACGUCGUCCGCUACGACGACGACCGCGGCGACGCCAGCGCGCUGCUGCCGCCCUACGUCUACUUCCACCUGGAGCAGAUACGGCUGCGGCUCCAGAAGCACACCUUCUGCGAGGAGGACCACCGCGUGCUGGACAGGUUCAACUGGAUGGUGCUCCGGUCAGACAGCUACUUCGCCGUGGCGCUGUUCCUGAUGCCCAUGUACCGGGCCGAGCUGGACCUGAUGUUCCCGGCGAAGGGGUCCGUGUUCCACCACCUCGGCAGGUACCUCCUCCACCCGGGGAACCGAGCGUGGGGGGUCGUGGAGAGGUUCUACGACGGGUACCUCGCCGGCGCCGACGAGCGCCUCGGCAUACAGGUCCGCCUCGUGCCAUUCCUCUCGCUCACGUUCGAGGGCAUGUACGAGCAGAUCACCCGGUGCGCGCGGGAGCACGACCUCCUGCCACGAGUGACCGGCACCAGCGAGCCGCCGGGUGCCCGGCCGUCGCCCAACGGCACGGCGGCCACGGCCAGGGUGAAGGCCGUGCUGGUGGUCUCCUUGAAGCCGGAGUACUACGACAAGCUGCACAGAGUGUACUACACCAACGCGACGGCGACCGGCGAGGUCGUCGCGGUGUACCAGCCGAGCCACGACCAGGAACAGCACACGGAGGCGCGGGCGCACAACGAGCGCGCCCUGGCCGAGAUCUUCCUUCUCAGCUACUCUGACCGGUUGGUGACUACGGGGUUCUCGACGUUCGGGUACGUCGCGCACUCGCUGGCUGGGCUGCAGCCUUGGCUGCUGAUGCUGCCGGACCAGACUACGAAGAGGGCCGCCGUGGCUUGCGUGAGGGCCGCGUCGGUGGAGCCGUGCCUGCACUCGCCGCCGUCGCUCGUCUGCCGGGCGGAACAGGAUCUUGAUCCGGUGGCGCAUAUGCCCUUCCUGCGACGCUGCGAAGAUGUGGACUUCGGCCUCAAGCUGUUCGAUUGAUUCUUAUCCUGCAUAGAUGCUUGUUUCCUCGCAGUGCUACAUGCUUCGCUCUGCAGUCGUAGAACGGCGGCCCGUGCAUGCACGGCUCCAUCGACUUGGCCCGCCGGCGCGGCGGGUAAGGUGUGGUGUGGUUCUCGGGCAUGGACAUGAUCCACGGCGUGAGCCCACCAAGGCCGUGGCCGACCGCCGACGUAGCCCAACGUCGACCAGCCGCCGGUGACGAUCUUGUCUGUUGUGCCCAGGACGUACAUCUCCGCCACCGCCUUCAUGUCGUGCGUCGUGUAGCCGGAGAGCUGGUGCUCCUCGUGGCUCGGCUGGUACACGCUCACAACCUCGCCGGUGCCCACCGUCGACUGCCAAUACUUCCACACUAUUACCUCGUUUUUGAAUAUUUAUCGACCCUUAGUUUAUUUUAAUCAAAAUACGAUAAUUUAAAAAGAAUAGGAGGAGUAUGUCAUAUGAUGUCCUCGAUCACAUCAAAAAAUAUAUAAGCUAAAUUUCAAAUUUAUAUUUUUUGAAUGGUUGAGGACAUUAUAGUUUAUGUCACAAAAAUAUUAU